CCCCGAUCCCAAACGGAUCCUGAACCACGAUUGCUGCCAAACAACAUUCCACUGAACGACACCAAAAUCCGACACUCUACCCCUAGUGGGUCUUUAGACUAUGGCCAUGGCUGCCACAAACCUACCAGGUCUACACGUCACAGCCCCCGAUGAAGAUAUGGAAAUUUCUUCCGACUACGAGCGUAUUGGAGAAGAGAUCGACGUCGACAUCGAUCUCACUGUUGAUCCCAGCCAUCACGAGGACGAGGACUACAUGCUAGAAGAUGCCCGCUCUGAGCGCGGGCAAGAACACGAGAACAAAGACGACAUCAUGCUCGAUGGCGACGGUGACGGCGGCUAUGACGAGGAUGGUAUCAUGCAAGACGAUGCUUCGUUACCAGAUGAGCAUCUCACCGAUGCGAGCGAAAUAGGUUAUGUGGACGUCGACGUCAAAGAGACCCCUCAGGUCCAAGACGUGGAGGUUCAAGACCGCGGUCAAGGCGAUGAUUACAUUGGUUAUGAGGAUGAGGUCGACGUUCAACCCGAAGAUCAUCUUCAGGCUACAGCGCAGCAGCCUGAUGUUCUGCCCGUCCCUGAUGAAGGUGCCGAAGUUAUCGGUGCUGAGACAUCGGGAACUCAGGACCAGGACAGGGAAGGUGUCGAAGCUCAACCGUCAGAACCUACCGCCGAUGCGGCCGUUAUUGAAGUGCAGCAAUCUGGCGAACAGCGAACUGAAAACCACGUGGAUAUUGAGCAGGGCACUGCUUCCCAUUCACAGAUUGAGCAUGUACCUACUGCUUCAGCGCAAGAAACCACCGAGCAAGACAAGGCCAGCGAGCAGGCUCAAAAAGCGCCGGAGCAAACUCAACCUGAACUAGAGCACGUUCAAACUGAAGUGCACGACCAAAUUGAAGUGCACGACCAAACUGAAGUACACGGCCAAACUGAAGUACGCGAAAGCGAACAAGCCAGCGAAGGCACUGCUUUAGAAGGCUCGAAGCCCGAACAGGGACCUGAACAACGGUCUGAACAGGCUCUCGAGCAGGGUACUAAGCAGAGUACUGGCCAAAGUACUAAUCAAGUUGCUAAGCAAGGUACUGAGCAAAGUUCUGAGCAAAGUUUUGAGCUGCCGCCCGAGCCGGUGGAGGCAGUUGCCGACUUCUCUCAUUUACCGUUCAACGAACACUAUAGCGAGGCAGAUGGGUCGUCUGACUCCGCUCGGUCUAUGCAUCCUGUGAUAGUCAACUAUCAUGGUGAAGAAAUUUUCCUUUUCCCUCCGGCCGAAGGUCACACUUCUGAGACUUUCUUUCUUAGCGACGAAUCGCUUGCCCAUCAAAGCAUUCAAAACCUAUUCCAUGCUUUAAGAGUUGUGCUGGGUAACAGUAUUCGGGAUGAAGUGGAGCUGGAGAUAGACAAUGCAGAGCUUGGGCUUUGCGUCAGUGAGGAUUCGGCGCACGCUGCGAACACGAGCAUUGCUCAGGUUCUCGAUGUCUUUAUCCAGCUCCAUCAUAUUGAUGGAGUGCAGAACCCUGACCCCCUUUACGUGACCUUGAACACUAAAGCCAGAUUUUCAUCGCGACUGAACUUCCUCAUCGAAGCUAUUGCCGAGUCAAAAGGAUUUUCGCAGGUCUUGCUUUCACAUGAUGAUGUCGAAGGAGACGUGUACCCCGAAGAUGAGGGUGACAAUGAUGAACAGAGCCACCGUGAGCCGUCACAAGAGUAUCAUUCGUAUGAUGCAUCCGCCUACGAAGAUCGUCCACAAAUUGAAGAGGGCAAUUACCCUAAUGAGACAGACCAGUCGGAGGCACAAGCCUCUGCCCCACAGGUCGAGGAGAAUGAGGUUCACCAUAGCCAGGGCACUGCCUUUGCCGAAGAGCAACCCAGUGCCGACGUGGGCGAGCAUGGUGAACCUACGUCGGUCCAAGAGACAGUCGGUACGCCUCAUUCUGUCAAGUCAAGCGACCUACCUUCCGACGAUGACCUGCCGGAGUCCGAAAAUCCCGAGCACCAAGAGGAUGGUAACUUUCAGGAGCCCGCUAAAGAGCCGCUUCCGGAAGACUCUCCUGAAGAUGAUUUGAUUGAUUAUGAUGACGCCCAGAAUGGUGCAGACUCCAGGGGUGAUGCUUCCAAUGAAUCUUCAACGAUUCAAGGAGAUGCCACUCCUGCAGCAGCUGGCAGUACGUCACAUCCGGACCAUCCUUUGACAGUCGAAGAGACCGACCAAGCUUUAGCUACUGGUGCAAGCCCUCCGUCUGAUGAAGCUGCCGCUGCAAAGGAUCCUGGAGCCCCCGAAGAGCCGAAUAGUGUCCACCCAGAGCAUGACCUCUCAGAAAACGUUGAAGAGGUCGUCCUGAGUUUUGAUCAGGACGCGAGCCAGGCUGGCGAGGGUGUCUAUGAGCCUGAGCAGCAGGCGGACAAGCAAGCAGAAGACACAUUUGAGGGCCAAGCAGAAGAUCAGGCUGAGUCUCUUUAUCUGCCAGAAGACGAGGAUGAGUACACAGAUGAGCAGACGUUGAAUUUCCCUGACGACGACCAAGGCGAGCACGGUCAAGAUGAAGGUGAUUAUGUAGAUGUGACUCAGAACGCUGUGUCUGAGGAGUUCGAUGCUGGUACACAGGAUGCUCCACAGGAGCUGAGCGCAUCAGCUGUUGACGAGCAUGGACUGGAGGAGCCGUUCCAUGAUGGUGUGUAUGAUGACGCCGAUGCAGAAAAGAUCGUGGACACUGUCUUCGAUGAGGCUGCUUCGGACUUGGGCGACAACGCCCAUGCCGCCGCCGAUGAUCAAGCACAAAGCAGUGGCGAGGCUGCGGAUGAGGACGAUCUGGACACCAUCGACUACGACGACGAGGAGCUUUCCGAGCCUCCAUCCCCAAACGCAAAUGACAAUCAGUCGGCAUCGAAAGACAUGGCUCCAUCUCCCUCGUCCGCCAAGCGCGGUCGAGAGGAGUUUGACCAUGGCGAGGAAGACGUCGACAAUACUCAAGCACUAAAGAAGGUCAAGUCUCAAUGAGGACGCUACCGUGCGUCUGGUACCCAUGGAUUCACCACGCCCGUGGAUUUUCUGUUUCCUGAUUUUCCGCCAACCCCCGACACGCAUCUAACAUUUCCCCCAAUAACCAUUCAGCACACUUGGCGAGUUGCACAGGGCAACGUGUAGGCC